UUCCCAAUAUUCCCUCGGUCUACGCGUGGACGUCGGUGUUAUCACACGAACGACGAAACGUGCUGAGGGUGCAGGUUGGCCGGCCAACAAGUUCGUCAGUGAGCGGUACUAGGAUUAACUGCACAGUUGAAAACCAGCAGCAUGUCAUCCGCGUUGCAGAAGACCACCAAAUCGUACACGUACCGCUCCUCAGGGGGCGCUAACGCUGAUGUCAGCAUCGAAUACACCGCCGAUCUGAGCGCCCUCUCCCGACUGGAGGACAAGAUCCGCCUCCUGCAGGAAGAUCUGGAGUCGGAGAGGGAAUUGCGCCAGAGGAUCGAACGGGAGAAGGCGGACUUGAGCGUACAGGUGAUCCAGUUGGUGGAGCGUCUUGAGGAGGCUGAAGGCGGAGCUGAGAGCCAGUUCGAGAUCAACCGGAAACGAGACACUGAACUAGCGAAGCUCCGCAAGUUGCUGGAAGAUGUCCACCUCGAAUCUGAGGAAACCGCGAACCUUCUGCGCAAAAAGCACCAGGAAAUUGUUGUCGACUUCCAGGAACAAAUCGACCAGCUUUCCAAGUCCAAGGCCAGAUCUGAGAAGGAAAAGGCUAAGUUCCAGCAGGAGGUUUAUGAACUGCUCGCCCAAGUGGAGGCUGUCACUAAGGACAAGCUUGUGAGCAUCAAGCAGGUUGAGAAGCUAGAAGUUCACGUGCAAGAGCUUGUGAUUAAGAUUGAGGAGCUCAAUCGCACCAUUGUGGACAUCACAUCUCACAAGACACGACUGUCACAGGAGAAUCUUGAUCUUACCAAAGAAGUGCAGGAUCUCAAGGUUAACUUGGAGAAUUCUACAUAUUUGAAGAGUCAACUCGCUGGACAGCUUGAGGAUGCCCGCCGUAGGCUUGAGGAUGAUGAAAGAGUAAACACANGCACAACUCUGGAGGCAAGCUUGCACCAGGUGGAGAUUGAGCUUGAGUCAGUGCGUGUACAGCUGGAGGAAGAGACUGAGGCCCGCUUGGACCUAGAGCGACAGCUGACUCGUGCCAAUGGUGAGGUACAGACCUGGCGCUCUAAGUAUGAGGGUGAGGCUGCUGCACGUGCUGAAGAAGUUGAGGAAAUCCGCCGCAAGUUCACUGCUCGCCUACAGGAGCAGGAGGAGCAGAUUGAGACUCUGUUGGUCAAGAUCAACAAUCUGGAGAAGCAGAAGUCUCGCCUCCAGAGUGAGGUUGAAGUCCUCAUCAUUGACCUGGAGAAGGCUAACAACACUGCCCGUGAGCUGCAGAAGCGUGUUGAGCAUCUGGAGAAGGUCAACAUUGACAUCAAGACCCGACUGGAUGAGACCGUUGUCCUGUAUGAGACAUCUCAGCGUGACUUGCGCACUAAGAUCACUGAAAUCCAACGCAUCACACAUGAGUUGGACAAGACCCGUGAACAGAAGGAUGCCCUCACCAGGGAGAACAAGAAGCUAUCAGAUGACCUGCAUGAUGCAAGGAACCAACUGGCUGAUCUUAACCGCCGUUUCCACGAGUUGGAGAUUGAGCUGCGCCGCCUGGAGAAUGAGAGGGAGGAGCUAACAGCUGCCUAUAAAGAGGCUGAGGCUGGCCGCAAAGCUGAGGAGCAGCGUGCUCAGCGCCUGUCAGCUGAACUGAGUAACUUCCGCCAUGAAGCUGAAAAGCGACUGGCUGAAAAGGAUGAAGAGAUUGAAGCAAUUCGCAAGCAGACCAGCAUUGAAAUUGAGCAGCUGAAUGCUCGUGUUGUGGAGGCAGAGACUAAGCUGAAGACUGAGGUGACACGCAUAAAAAAGAAGCUGCAGAUCCAGAUUACUGAGCUAGAGAUGUCCCUGGAUGUUGCCAACAAGAACAACAUUGAACUGCAGAAGACUAUCAAGAAGCAGUCACUCACACUUACUGAGCUCCAGGCACAUUACGAUGAAGUUCAGCGUCAGUUGCAGGUGACUUUGGACCAAUAUGGUAUUGCCCAGCGCAAGCUUCAGUCCAUAACUGCUGAGCUGGAGGAGGUCCGUGGAAACUAUGAGGCGGCGCUGCGGGCCAAGCGAACUGCUGAACAGCUGUAUGAAGAGGCCAUCAGCCGAGUAAAUGAGCUGACGACAAUCAAUGUCAAUUUGGCAUCUGCCAAGUCCAAGGUUGAACAGGAGCUUGCCACACUAGCUGGGGACUAUGAUGAGGUCACCCGUGAACUCAAGGCGGCCGAUGAACGCUACCAGCGUGUUCAGAUUGAACUGAAGCACACUGUUGAAAUUCUGCAUGAAGAACAGGAGCGCAUUGUGAAGAUUGAGGCUAUCAAGAAGUCCCUGGAGAUUGAGGUCAAGAACCUGUCUGUGCGCCUGGAGGAAGUGGAAGCCAAUGCUAUUGCUGGUGGCAAGCGCAUCAUCAGCAAGCUGGAGGCCAGAUUACGUGACUUGGAACUGGAGCUUGACGAAGAAAAGCGUCGCCAUGCUGAGACACUCAAAAUUCUGCGCAAGAAGGAACGCCAGGUUAAGGAAGUGUUGAUUCAGUCAGAAGAAGACCAGAAGAAUGUUUCCCUCCUCCAGGAAUCCCUUGAUAAGCUCAACCAGAGGGUCAGCAUCUACAAGAGGCAGCUACAAGAACAGGAGGGCAUGUCACAGCAGAGCGUGACACGUGUGCGUCGCUUCCAGCGGGAGCUUGAGGCAGCUGAGGACCGUGCUGACACCGCUGAAAGCAACCUCUCACUGAUCCGUGCCAAGCACCGCACCUUUGUCACUACCAGCACAGUCCCUGGAAGCCAGGUCUACCUGGUGCAGGAGACCCACAGAACUGCCACUACAGAGGGAAUCUAAACUUAACAAAAAGGGAACAACAGGUAUUGGGGGGGGGGGGGGGGGGGGAGAGGGCUGGACAGUCAACAUGCAAGGUUGUGGGGUCCUGAAGAUAUGAACUGCUCUUCCACGAGGACAAGUCUGACAUAUUUCAAAUGAAGAGUAGGAAAUUAGCAUUUCCUAAGAAGAAAACUGUUAAUGGCAGCAGCAGAAACAUGAUGGAAAUCUGUUUUAUUUUGUAAAUAAAUGAGCUUACACCAAUUCCAAGGGGUUUUAACUGACCUGCAUUCAAUAUGGUAGAUUACAAGCUUAUUUCUGCAUAAAUAACCAAUCAAGGCUAUUAUUAAAAUUUUAAUUCAUUAAGUAAAACAGUAGACUUCCAAAACAAGGAAGUUAUGGCAAUUUCAGGAUUCUAAUAGUUUGUUAAAAGAUUAUUACUAUUAUUGUAUUUUACCUAUAACAUGUAUUUUCAAAAAUUAAAAGAAAAAUAACAGUGCAGAAAUUGUGGGAACACUGUGUUUUGUGCAUAUGUAUGAGACAUGGGAAUUUAGGAAGACAGCUGGAACAUGAGAGAAAUGACAAUAUACUGUAUCUUGCUGUAACCUCAAGGCUGGGUGAGGUUGGACAGGACAAGACAAACACAGUAUGAAAGCAAUGUCUACACUGAAAGAUAAAGAAAAAUUACAUUAUCAGUAGCAUAAGACUGCUGUUAUGCAGCAGAAAUCAAUGUUUUAUUAUGUUCGGCUUUUGAAAGACUAAAGGCUGAUAAGAUGUUAGCCAAAGGAAAGUUCUUAAAUAAGGUGCAAUAUGAAACAUUUCAAGUAAGUUGCAAAAUAAAAUGAUUCAAGUAACGUGUUGUUUAGUGAUUUCUUCACAGGGCUGAAGAGCUGCACAAUAAAUAUCUCUGUGUAAUGUAUUAUUAAAAUAUAUCAAAAUCUAAAAGAAAAUGAAUCUAUUUAAAAAUGAAAACUAUACUACAGUAAUAAAGUUCACAUGCUUAAAUUA